AUGUCCAACCAACACGUUAUCCAGCGUCUUCAAGAGGCAAGAGUCCUCUUUAGGAGUCACUGUGCCAAGCCAGAGCCCAAGAACCUGUACGACAAGCAGAGCUGGAACAUGGCAGGAGUGUACGCCGAGACGAUCAAACCAGAGGAUGAGGAAGCCUUUGUUUUCUACGCCCUCCUCACCAUGGGUGGAUUGCACCACCACCACGAAGAAGAAGAAGAGAAUUAUUGUGAGUAUUUUCAGGUUGCUUGGCGAACGUCACUCAUGCCAGAACA